CGGUCUGUCUGUCUGUCUGUCAUGUGCCCACGCUUCACGUGAACACACAGCCAUGCCACGCCAUGCAGUCAGUCAGUCUGAGACAGACACCCGGACGGUCAGACAACGGAUGAGGGGUGGGUGGAGGGAUACCUAGGCGUACUCACUUCGUCGUGUCGGACGGUGCGCAUCGAUCCAAUCAACCAGCUGUCACUUAUGGCCUCUCUCUUGCAACACACAAAUGCCGACAUACACACACUCGCCCAGCCACCCUCAGGCUCACUCACUUCACUGCACAGAGUCUGCCGAUCGCCUGCCUCCUGGCGGGGAUCACCACACACCUCACUCGUGCCGCCUGCCUGCCUGUCUGCCUUAAACACCUCCACACACACACAGCCCGCGUUGAAAAAUCGUAAAACCCUCGCAUCUCAUCAUCUCUCUCGCCAAUCCAUCCAUCCUGCAUACGUGCCUGGCUGCAUGCCUGUAGCGUAGCGUGCCCCGCCCUGCCCUGCCCACCCACACAAACUCCAUCCACUUAAAACGGCGUGCACACUGCAGCCACUGCACCCACACGGCAAUCUAUCUAUCUCAGCGCUCUCACAGUGUGUCAUCCAGUCGCCCUGGCUGGCUCCGCGUCAGUGCCCGUCCGUCUAUCUACGGGCAACGAACAGACCACACCGACACGGCGGAUCGAGCUGCCCAGAGCAGAGCGUGUGUGCGGCCGAACUAACGACUAGGGGGUGAGACAUCCAUCGAUGGAACAACCCAACCCAUCGGUGCACAUCACAUCUGAUGGCAUGGCGACGUGGCCGUGGGCGGCUGGGUGGGUGUGGGUGGGUGUGGCCGUCGCCGUAUCUAUCGUGCGUAUGCCCUAAAACUGCUCUUCUUUGUUCGAGUGAGAGGCCAAAAACCGCCCCCCGCUCACAUCACCGAGUCGAAAAAGACGAAGGAAGGAGCCACACCACACCACCACCGAACAAUCAUCCAAAAAAUGAAAAUGAUAUCAGCAUGCGGGAGGGAGGGAGGCCACCAACCCACAAACCCACCAGCCAGCCAGCUGGUGCGUGUGUGUCAUGAGAGAGAGUGGAUGCAAGCCGCCCGCCCACCCCUCGCACCAGAAAAAACUGUGGGGGCGGGAGUGGCGUGCGAGCUAACUGUCGUGUGUGUGUGUGUGUGUGUGUGCAAGUGAAGGCCUACCUCUGGCGCAAUGACAUAGACAGACAGACAGACAGACACCAGAGCCACACAAGGAUGAGCAGCAAGCAGGAAGCCCCAGAAGAGAGAGCUUCCCGUGUGUCCCCCCUGGCCAGCUGGUCGUCUACACGAGCUACGUGCACAAACUAACCCCGCCUCUGAUAUCCGGCGGGGCGGGCACACCAUCCGUCCAUCGGUCCAUCGGUCCAUCCAUCUAUCUAAGGUCCGUUUGGCGGCAUCAUAUAGAGGGGGUGGUGCUGCAUGAGGAAUGGGGGCACCUGCGGCAUGUUGCGGUGCUGCCGCUUGGUCGAUAUGUGCGUCCGCAGCUUGGUGAGCAGCGCCGAACGGGUGCCGUCCUGGCGCUUCUCACGGUCCUGAAUCGCCUGCGCCACCGCACGACGAGUCAGCUGGGUCAGCAAGGCGUCCAACUCCUGGCAGAUUGCAAGGACAAACACACACAGACAGACAGACAGACAUGGAUUGAACAAUGGUCAUGCGGGCGCACAACACCCAAAGAGAGAGACAUCUGCGCUCGAACCUUGACUUUGGGAUGCUGGUCGCCCUCGAGUGCCGCCAGGAUAGACCGCUGCUGCCGUGUGUGGUGCAGCGACUCACGGAACUCGCACAGCAUCAUGUUCAGACCUGCCAGGUGGUCAUGCACCUACACCAGAGACAGCGCCAACGAAUGCAAUGCAACCAUGACGACUGACGUCUGGUCUCCCCUGCGCUUGGUGUGUGUGUGUGUGCGGCUGACCUGAACGAGGUACAUGGGUCCCGGGUUGGCCUUGGCGAUGCGCUUGAAGGAGUGGCCGGCGCGUUGCGUCAGGAUCAGGGCCGCACGCUGCCACCCCGCCGACGGCUGCGCCUGGUGCAGCUGAAGGGCACAACGGCUGCAAUGCAUUGCAAUGCAGCACAGCCACACACACACGCAGGCAGACACAGACAGACAGGAAGAGAGUGGGCGGGCCGAGUGUGGAGCGCUGUGGGGUCUGUGUGAGUGGGUGCGUACGCGGCGUGUACGAGCGCCAUGGGGAGGUCGGGAUGGUCCAGCCCGCACCAUAAUCUGUACAGCUCAGCAGCCCUGCAGUGCAACCCAACCACAACAAACAUCCCACCCAUCCACUCACUGCCUAUCGACUCGCCAGCCAGACGUCCCUGCCCUGCCCUGCCUGUGGAGGUAUCUGAUGGCGUCGAAAGGGUGGCCCAUGAAGAGGAGUGCGAUGCCCAUCUGGCAGUGCAGCUCGGCGUUCUCGAAGGCGUCCACCCCCCCAAGCUGCUCCUGGUGAGCCAGAGCACGGCUGAAGUUCUGGUACGCACUCGGCAUCUCGCCCAGUGACAUCUGCAGACCCCCCAACCGAUGGUAGCAGUCUGCCAUCUCCCUGAAGCAAGCAAACCGACACACACACACACGACACAUGACACACACAUGAACAGAAGCUGACCUGGAGGCGCCUCUCUCUCUCUCUCUCUGUGUGUGUGUGUGUGUGUACCAUGCGGGCGCGCCGUUGAGGAGGUUGUUGUAGGUGGCGGCGGCCUGUUCGAGGGCCUGCAUAGCGAUGUCGAUCAUCUCGUUGUUGAGACACCGCUGCGCCGUGGCCAUCCACACCUGCACCCCGACGCUCUGCGGCCCCUCACUCUUGACCACAGGGAACAAACCCGCCACGUCGUCACUCGUCAGCCGACCGCACACACGCACUUCUCGCGACCUGCCGCUGCUGGGGGGGCCCUUCUCCGAUGGGCUGGCCGGGGGCUGACGGCCGAUGCCAUUCGCCAGCGGGGAGUCGCCGGCAGACUGAGACUGCACGUCGGCAUCAGCAGCUGCUUGUGCCGCCUCGGUGGGGGCGUUGGAUGGCGAGUCGGGGUGAGGGUGAGGGGUGGCGCCGGCCUCCUCCUCUUGCUGCUGGUCUCCACUGCCGCUGCCCUCCCCCUCAGGCACCUCCGACACGUUCGGGUGCUCGGGGAUCUCCGGCGCGCUGUCGCUCUGUGCGUCGCAGGACGGUUCCCAGGGCUCGAUCAGGGGGCUCAGCACCUUGCCCAGCGAAGAGGGCGCCACCAGCUGGAUGCCCACCUUCUCACACACACCCCGCAGCACCCCGAAUCGCCCCGCAGCCGACCGCAGCACACCGCACUGGGCCCUGGCUUGAGGGAGGGGGUGGCGGAAGUGCUCCUCGCUCCUCUCCCGGAUGAGCCCCCACAUGCUGUCCACCGUCACUUGCUGCAGGGCGUCGGGGAGGCCCGGCUCCAGCUCAGGCGACUCGUUGAGUGAGGUGGAUGUCGGUGAGGACGUCAGGUCGGCGGCGUCGCCCGUCUCGUCGUUUGGCCAGGCCAUGAGGCAGUUGAGCAGGUGGGCCACCGACACGGCCAGCCGUCCGGGGGGCACCUCCUUGAGCAGCCCGUUAAUGACGUACGCUGCCGUCCGCAUCACGAUCUCCCGCUCCAGCGCGGCCAGCAGAACGGGCGAGACGAACUCGGCCUGCGAGCACUUGGCCAGGACGGUGCCGAGGUACCGCAGGUUGACGCCGUGACGGUGGAAGCAACGCUUGACGGCUCGGGUGGAGACGGGGGUCUGGGCGGGCAUGAGGAGGGUCUUGACGAGCUGCGGGAUGGCGACCUCCGUCAGACGCCGGGCGAGGGAGUGGAUGCGGCGGUGCUGCCUGGACAGCUGGUCCUUGGCCUCGCUCUCGUCGGCCUCCACCCAGUGAGUGAAGGCGUUGAUAUUCAGCUGCAUGGUGGCAUGCAGUCAGUCACCCCACACACACGCCCAUUCAUUCACUGUGGCUGCAUCCAUCCAUCGGUGUGUGGAUGUGCUCACCAGUGGAGGUGGGAAGAGGGGAUUGUCGUCCGCCUGUGGCAGCUGCGACAGGUUGUGCUUGGCCAGCUCCUCAGACAACUUCGCCAUCCACGCCGGCUGCUGCUGCUGCUGCGCCUGCACCCCGUCGCCACCUCCACCACCAGCACCAGCACCAGCACCAGUACCACCAGCACCAGGACCGCCCGCCCCGUCGUUGAUUGCCUCAGUCUGGUCUGUCGUCUGCUCCCUGGCCUUGAGCUGCAUGGCCUGCGCCUCACGGAUGAUGGCCUGCAGCCGUUCCGCAGCCAGCCGCUGCAUCGACGCCGCGUACUCGUGGUGCGCGUCCCACCGGAACACAUUCACACCCUCGCGAGCCGUCUGCAGCAAAGAUUUGGGCUGGGUGGGGUUUUUGGCUGUGCCGUCGGGGUGGUUGCCGGGGGCUGCAGCAGACGCCUCCGCCCCGUCUGCUGUGGCGUCGGGUUUGUCGGCGGUGUGCUUCUCCUUGGCGAUCCAAUCGCGGAUCUGCUUCUGGAUGAGCAGCUCUGGCCUCAAGAUGGACAUGCCGCCCGCACCGGCGGGGUGGUCGGACGAAGGCGCACCGUCAGAACGGGAACCUGCCUUCCUGGAGGCGGCCGGCGUGGGGGUGGUCUCCUUGGGUGGCUGCUGGUGUAAUUGGCAGCAGGAGGGCUCAUCGGGGUCGGCGUCAGACAUGUCAGAGGGGAUGUCCUCCUCCUCCUCCCCAUCUGCUGAUGCUGAUGCUGCUGCUGCUGCUGCUGUGGUGCCGUCCGUCUUGUCUCCCUGCGCCGCCCGCCUCUCGCGUGAUGCCUUGAGCCGGUCGGCCUUCUCGCGCAGGUACUGCACCACAAACUCAGGACGCAAUACACAGCUGCGGUCCUCGGGCCUGGCAAAGAGACAAACAGAAGAUCGGUCUUUGGUACAUCCAUUGGGGGCUGGGCUAUCUGUGGCCAGAAUGUAACAACCAGUUGAGAUCCCUUGGCGUGAGUCUUGAGAGGUCGCAGAUGUACAGCCGUCCGUCAGCUCCCUUGAUGCACUUGCUCUCUGCGGGCAGGUGCAGUCUGACGGUCUUGCUGGCGUCCUCCUUCAGAUGGUGCGGCGCCAAACCAAAGUACCGACCCACCUAUAGAACACACACACACACACACACACACACGCUGGUUGACAGGGGUCAUCGUUCAGAGUUCCCCUCCUGGUCGAUCGUCUCACCUUGUCGUAGAGGAGCUGCGCGACCUCCUGGUGGUAUGAGUACCCCUCCCACGGCUCGUUGGCACCCAUCAAGGGCCUGCAGGAAUAUAUAUGCCGGCAGGCAGGCAGGCAGGCAGGCAGGCAGGAAAACGACACAACACACAGCACACGACAUAGACACGGGACGGGUGUCAUUUUCCCUCCCUCUCCCUGCCUCCCUGCCCGCCUGACUGCCCGCCUCCACACCUACAUGGUGUGCAGGUCCCCAUGCAGGAUGCCCGGCAGCAGCGACUGUGCGAAGACCCUGGCCCCGCCGUAGUCGACCACCGUCUGCAGGAGCGAGCACACGUUGCGCGAGGCGGGACCCCGCCUGCCGCCCAGGAUGCCCUGGUCGCCGAUGGCCGGGGGCGGGAGGGGCGGCAUGCGGCCCUGCACCACUGCAUGGGGGUUCUCGGCCUGGUGCUGCAGGUUGUUGUACAUCUCCACGGCCCUCAGGUCCAGCCGCACCGUCUCCCGCGUGGCGCUCGGACCCACCAGGGCCUCGGGCGUGUUGAGCCGGCCGACGUAGAUCUGACCGUCCUCGCCGUCAUUCCUCUGGCCACUGGCGGGAUCGCUUCUCUUGGCGGCGAUGGCGCGCCUCUCGUUCUCUGAUGAGAGGGGGAUGCUGAGAAGGAUGUUGUUGUACAGGAAGAUGGGCGCCUCGUUGGGGUGGGGGUCGUCGCGACUGCCGUCACCAGUGGUGGUGGUGGUGGGUGUGGAUAAAGCUGCGACGUGCUCGGUGGGGUGGAAGGGCAGGGGAGGGGCGUCGCUGUUGAUGGGCGGCACCUUGUUCUCGCGCACGCGCACCGCGCCGCUCGCCACUGCCGCGUGGAAGUCGCUGUACAGCUGCCGGUAAGGUACACACAUGACAUGUGGGAGGGAGAACGACAGAAAUGAGAGCGAUUCUGGCCCUGCCGUGGUGUUGUGUUGUGUGCUGGCUGGCUGACCGACCUUGAACAUCAUGCGGUCUCUGAACAGUUCGUCGACCUCUUUGAGGACGCUCUUGUCGGUGUUGCAGUUGGGGGGACACUCGGUGGGGGUGGGCGGGGGCGGGGGUCCCCCUCCAGCCUCCGCGACAGCGGGAUCCUCCCUGGGCCUGUCCUUCUUGAGUGGCAGCUCCCUGAGCGUCUGGAACUCCUCGUUCCACUCUCGCGGCACCCCCCAUGGCUCCAUUCCCACACCGUUUUCCGUCUCGAGCGACUCCUCCGCCCUGUCAAGGUCGUACUCAUGCGCCUGCAUAGCAAGCAACCAACAUAGCCAAUAAUGUCAGUGUGUCUGUCUGUGUGUGUGUGAGCGAGCCUUCAGGUGCGCAAGUAGGUAAGGUACCUCGUGAGUGCGUGUGACCCAGUGAGUGACGGGAACGAGCAGCUGCACGAGUGGCGGCACCAGGAUGGUGGCGAAGCAGUGGAGGUCCGACGGACGGAUGGCUAUCUGAUGCAGCGCCUGACCGAAUCGGGGACUGACGGAUGGACGGACAAACGACACAAACGUUUGACACAUCCACCAGACGGACAGAUGACUCACACAGUUCCUUCCGCAUUGCAUGGCUCCUGCAGCUGCGGCUACCCUACCUGUAUGUGCGCAGCAGGUCCGCAAGCAGGUGGUAAGUGGCGUGUUUGGCGUCUUCCUGCCCCUCAUGGCCGCCAGCGGGCUUGCCAUUGGGCUGUCCGCCCCCACUACCCUCCGUCGUGUCCACCUCUGCGGUUCUGAAGUAGUCAGCAAUGUCCCUGCUGCUUGAGUAUCUGUCGGCGGCGCACUUGAUGACCCUGAAGCCCUGCUCUGUGGCCGCGAUGAUGAGCAUCUGGUCCUCCAUGGUGCGAGCCUCGUAAUACCAUAUGUCGCCCCGCAGCCUCCUGCGCUUGGGUGGUGGGUUCCAGCCGCUGGAGACGAUGUACUCGAGGGCCUUGAUGUGCGCCUUGGUGAGCAUCGGGGGUGGGGCCGUCACCAGGAGCACAUCGUCCUCGAGCGUGCCGGCGGCAUAGAGCUGCUCCGGCCCCUUGAUGGUGGGAGGCAUCACAUCGGUCGGAUCCCGCCGCAGCAGCCCUGUGCCAUCUUCCCCUCCCCCCUGCCCUGUGGUGCCCUUGCCGUGCUUCCUCUCCUUGUCCUUCUUCUUGUGGUGGUGGGACUUGGACGAUGACGGCUUCUGAUGGUUGUGGUUGUUGCUGGCGUCGCUCUCGGGUGCUGAGGGGUGGCCGUUGGCGGUGGGCUGUGCUGGGGGCGUGUUCUGGAUGUCCUGGAGGUCGAUCUGGUUGGAGAUGGCGCCGGUGCUGUCGGCAUUGACGAUGAUGUGCUGGUCCUUGGUCAGGACGUCGCGGAGCCGACGCACGUGCAGCUUCACCGUCCGCUCGUUGUAGGGAUCUGAAGAAUGAGGGUGGGAGGAAUCAGACAGAGACCAUCAGGUGGGCUGGGUGCGUGUGAUUGUGUUUCAGGUGCGGACGGACAGACAUACCCCCGACUAGUUUGAGAACGGAUCCAUCCUUGAGCCCCUCGGUGCUCCGCAGCUCUGCAGAGCUCUGCAGACGGCGACCCUCAUACUCAAGCUGUGACACACACGCAGGCACACACAUCCCACGGCACGGCACGGCACGGCACGGCACAGAAAACGACACACACCAAGCCAAGUGAGACUGAAUGGUGUGGGCGAGGAGCCUCCCUCCCUCACGUGAUAGGCCGUGAAGAAGCAUGUCGGCAGCAGCUCCACCAGGAGGUUCUCGAUCUCACUCGCACUGUCGUGAGGCGAUAUGUCUGAACACACAGCACCACCACACCACACCACACACAUACUUGCUCCAUGCAUCAGCUUCAGCCGUUUGCACCUGCCCAUUUAUCCGUCUAGUUUGCGUACCGACGUAGACCGACGCCCCAGCCGGGGUCGGGAGUUCGACUUUGAGCUUCCAUUGCGCCCUGCACUCCAUCCGCUCAAGCCAGGCAGACGAAUGGGAUGGUGACCUCCAAAGCAGUGAGGCGGUCUGAAAACACACACGCACAAGAGGCCGGAGAUUGGACUGUCCUCUCUGCCAUCCAUUGGGCAAGUCGUCCGUUUGUGUGCAGCUCACCUCUGCCAAUGCGACUCGCGAGCCUAGGGGCACUCACGGCGGCGAACACACCUGCCCUCCACUUGCCCUCCUUCCUCUGGGGCGAAGCUCGCAAUUGGCAAUCCGGGUCGACAU